AUGAAAUAUUAACCUCAUAAUGUGGUGUGGGCAUUCCUGCCCACACCACAUUAGACUCUAGAGAAAUCUAGAGACUGAAUUAACGUUAGGGUUGCACGUUGCGAAAAACGUUUUGUUUGAAAAAGUUAUUCAAAUGCAAUGUGAAAAAUUGUUUUUAAAUAAUCUGUAAAGAAAAUAUAUCAUUAAAGAGGAUUAAAUCUAUUGAAAGAGACUGAUCUUUUACUCUUGUGGGACAUCAACAUGGAGGACAUAGAACGUUGCAUAAGGAUCUCACAGCAGAAGAGACUCCUUAAUCAACGAAAAUUACAAUCUCUAGACAAGGAGCCCAACGAACAUACAGAAAUGUUGAAGCAAUUACAAGAGUUGCAAAGAAACACACAGCAGUGCAAGGAAAAUAUUACAAAGCAUCUCAAUAUGAUCAGAACCCAUAAGCAUACUAUAUAUAAAAUUGUACACUCCUCGGAACAUAUUUCAGGUUUGCCUGUACCACAUAAUAAUGCACAGGAUGUGAAAACAAUGUUUGCUGAAGCCAUUCAUUUUCUGAAUAACAUAGGAGAUACUUAUGAAACGCUGAAUAAUGUAAAAAAAAAAGAUAUAGAUCCUUCAGAGCUGGUUGAAGCUGUGACAAUGUGCACACAGGCUGUAGGAAAUGAGUUGUAUCAAACAAGAUGUCGUAUUGCACAGCUGGAAACAUUGAAGGAUAACAUAUCUGUCCUCCAGCAACAUAUCUUAAAUAGUAGCUGCAGUAACAACAGUGAUGAAACUAUGGGCUUGACCAUGAGCGGUGAGUCGACAGACAGUGCAUCGACUAUAAAAUGAUAUAUGUGAUAUAAAAAAAUAAAAAAAAUAUAUAUAUAUA